AUGACUGAUUUCGCGGACGGUUUCUCCAAAUAUCUCCAGAUCGUUUCAUCCCAAGGCUCAGCUACAAGCAUGCCAUCGAGACUUCAGUCGUUCGACGCAGUGAUAAAUCACGAACAAGACGUCAGUGCAACGGGCGGCCGAAGUCAGGGCGCCCGAGCAGCCGCAUUGGCCGCCCUCCACGCUCUCUCGGCGAACAAAGAUGUGUCGUGGGCCAAACAGCUCGUGCUCGUGCGCUUUCCACUCUUUGGAGAAUAUGACGGUGUCAGCCGGGCACCCAUAAUACUUGAAUUGCCUGCAGAUGUUGAGGUCCUGUUUGUCAGUGGCGACCAGGAUAGCAUGUGUGAUCUGGACCAGCUCAAUCAAGUCAGGAGGGAAGUGCGUGCGCAUAGCUGGCUGCUUGAGGUUCCCGGGGCAUGUCAUAGCAUGGAGUUCGAUCGUGCCAAUGCCGUUGUUGCGAAGGCUAUGAGAGCAGAAUCGGGUCGACUGGCUUCUCAGUGGCUAGCUGAACGACAUAACGCAAGGACUACACGUCGCGUCUACUGGAAUUGGGGUCUUAUGCAGAUCGAAGAUAGCGGAUGGACUGAAGAAAUAGGCAUAAAGAAAAGACAGGGGAUGAUCGAAUCGACAUAA